CCUUUUCCUUCGAGCCCAAAGCGGCCCUCGUGGCCUGCCCUCACCCAUCAUCUCCCACUCCUUGGACAGCCCACAGCCCCAGAAUGGGCACCAGGAAGGAGCUGUUUCCUAUAUUCAGCCAACUGUGCCAGUGUCCUGCUGGAGAGUUGGGCCAGCUUGUCCAAGGUGUGCCUGCUCUGGUCCGGGACGACAAGCUGGCGAGGCAGGAGGCUGACAGCAACAUCCUCACCCUCGUCCAAAUAAACGGGGACACCAUGAUACUGACCCACUGCAACAAUUUAGGGGGAAACUCUUUCUUUGGCCCUCAGGAUAAACUCCCUUCUGAAUCUGCCCACCUGGGUGGGGGAAGCAGCAGGUUCCGGCACAGUGUGAUGGCAGACACUGAGGAAUAUCCCAAGGGAUGGAAGCCCACAUGGGUUGCCACAUCCCUACCGUAUGCUCACAAACACCCUGGGCAAGAGGAGCUAUCUGUGCCCUGCUUUGAGACCCACCAGUAUCAGCCUUCAAACCACUGGAACAGCCUUUGGAAGUCAGGCUAUUUUGCCCUGGCUCCACGUACCACUGAUGUUACAGGGAUCCUUUUCCUCCAGGCACGCUGCUUCGAAGCUGCCAGCCUCCAUGUAAAUGCCAGCAAGCCUGAGAUUGAGACUCUAAAUGUGACAGACCAAAGGCAGUUUGCCACAGAUUUUGUGAAACUUGUGAAAGUUGAGGACACCAAGUUUCAUAUUGCCAUUCUGGAAAACAUUCAGGUUUUGUCAGAGGAUAUAUGAGGGGGAAAUCUGUCGAGGAAACUCCCUGUUAGUCACACUUUUAUGAACUGGAAUAAACUAUUGAAUGAUCAGCAUCUGAACACCAGUGUCUCCAAUGUCAAAGUGCUUCCAUGGUACUGA